GCAGUGUAAAUAGAAAAAAUCUAGCAGAUGGCCAUGACUACCUCAAACUGGGACAAAUUUGUGCUGCUGCUGUGGAAAAAUUGGAUCAUACAGAAGCGCCACUAUGUGCAGACCCUGUUCGAGGUGACCAUCCCAGUGUUAGCCUGUUCACUGUUGAUACUCGUGCGAGGUUUGGUAACGCCAACCGUCUAUCCCGAACCGACCACCUUCACCAGCUUGAAUGUGCGAAGUUUGGCUAUGAUACGAGAGAUGGUAACGUUGCAUCCGAUCAGUUUGAAAAUUGCCUACUCGCCGCGGAAUGACGUGUUCGAACGUAUCGUUAGCCGGGCGGCCCGUAUGCUCGGUACCGAUGUCCUUCAUCAGGGCUACAACGAUAGUGAAAGUAUGUACAACGAACUCAUCACGCACAACUACUUAGCUGGGCUGGAGUUUGGCGAUCAAUUCGAGAAUAUUACGGGCCUUCCGGAUAAGGUUAGCGUUGCCAUUCGGUUUCCGAGUGAAAUGCGUACGACCUCCCUUCCGGGGGCAGAAUUUUGGGCAAGCUGGCGCACCUUCCUGAUUUUUCCACAGUAUCAAGUGUACGGUGCUCGUAACAUCAAUGGCAGCGAUGGUGGUUAUCCGGCGAAUUACUAUGGCGAAGGAUUCGCCUCCGUCCAGAACGCGAUCAGCCGUGCGGUGUUGGAGAUGAAGGCCGGUCAAAUCGAUUCACUGCCACACGUAGAACUAAGGCGUUUCCCGUAUCCGCCCUUUUACGAUGAUCCUUUGCUGCGUGGGCUCGAGAAUCUGUUCCCUUCCAUCAUCAUGGUUGCCUUUUUCUAUUCCUGCAUCAAUACGGUUAAGUUUAUUACGCUGGAAAAAGAGAAACAGUUGAAAGAAUCAAUGAAGGUGAUGGGACUCGACGGAUGGAUACACUGGUUGGCUUGGUUCGUGCGCACCAUAACAUUGCUUACCGUGUCCAUCACGCUCGUCACCGUUUUGCUGAGUUGUAACCUUACCACCAACACAAAGGUGGCCAUUUUCCAGUUCUCCGAUCGCUUCCUCAUCUGGCUGUUUCUGUUCGUGUACAGCAUCACGACGAUCAUGUUCUGCUUCAUGGUCAGUACCUUUUUCUCCAAGGCAAACCUUGCCUCAGGGAUCGCCGGGAUCGUGUGGUUUUACUCAUUAACUCCGUUUCAGCUAACGAUCGGUAACUACGAUCGGAUGUCGCUCGCGGCAAAACUUGGUUCCAGUCUCUGGAGCAACACGGCCAUGGGAUACGGUUUGACGCUUUUCAUGAAACACGAAGGCACGUCGAUCGGUUUACAGUGGGACAAUCUCCUAACGCCCGUCACUGUUGAUGAUCAGCUUACAAUGGCGCACAUAUUCGGUAUGCUGCUGUUCGAUGCUGUGCUCUAUCUUGCCGCAGCACUGUAUAUAGAACAGAUUGCACCAGGGCAGUUUGGUGUGCCGCGGAAGUGGAACUUCAUUUUCACUGCUAGCUUCUGGAUGCAGGAAGUAUUUCGUCGAAAGCAGUCACGAUCAAGCGACGAUUCUGAACCGACCGACACUGCGGGAAAUUCUUUAGAAAGCGAACGAUUAAAAUCAACCGGACGGUACCACGCAAAUAGGGAGGAGGAACCAAUCGACAGCGAGAUCGGCAUCAGUGUGGUAGGACUGACGAAGAUUUACGACACUGGGAAACCAACGUCUCGAGCCGCUGUCAAUGAGCUUACGGUCAACUUUUACCGUGAUCAGAUAACAGCCCUGCUCGGACACAACGGUGCAGGCAAAACGACCACCAUGGGCAUGCUGACGGGGAUGUACCCACCGACGGCGGGUUAUGCCACGAUCGAGGGUCAUCGGAUUGGUGGCACUGCUGUAAAAAAGUUUCGCAAUACGCUUGGGUUCUGUCCCCAGCAUAACGUGCUCUUCGAUGAACUUACCGUCGCCGAACAUAUCCGGUUCUUCGCGAAACUAAAAGGGAUUCGUCAGGAAGCGUACAUCGAGACCGAAAUCGAUAAGUACGUCCGCGCCCUAGGACUCGAAUCAAAGCGUAACGAGCAAUCACACACCCUCUCGGGUGGUAUGAAGCGGAAGCUUUCGCUCGCCGUUGCACUGUGUGGUGGAUCGCGUGUUGUAUUCUGUGACGAACCAACGUCCGGUAUGGAUCCGGGAGCAAGACGCACAGUGUGGGAUUUACUGCAGCAGGAAAAGCGGAAUCGUACGAUCAUUCUCUCGACACACUUUAUGGACGAAGCGGAUGUGUUGGGCGAUCGUGUCGCUGUUAUGUGCGGUGGAGAACUUCGAGCGGUCGGAACGCCGUUCUUCUUGAAGAAACGAUUCGGUGCUGGAUAUCGGUUGGUUUGUGUGAAGCGUCCCGAUUGUCAGCCGGAGCUGGUUGUGAAGUUACUACGCCGAUACGUGCCGGAUGCGGUGAUCGAAUCAGACAUUGGUACGGAGUUGAGUUUACGACUUCACGAACAGCAUCGUGCAAAGUUUCAACCGGCAUUGGAAGAGUUGGAGCGCAACGUUGAGAACUGUGGUAUCUCAGGGUAUGGAAUUGCAUUGUCCACACUGGAGGAAGUGUUUAUGAGACUAGGAAGUGAUGAAGAUUCGUCGGAAAAUUUGCGGGACACCACAAAUGGAAUGCCUUCGAACGAUAAGAAACAGUUGACAAAUGGUACACACCAUACGGCUCCUCCUCCAAUAACUAUUACCGAAACGUACGAGCUUCAAACAGGCGGAGAGCUGCUUUGCAGUCAGAUCCUCGCCAUGCUUAGCAAGAAGUACCUUAGCUUUAUCCGCUCGUGGAAGAUAUCCAUCCUACAGCUAAUACUGCCAACUAUGUUUGUCCUGCUUGUGAUAGCGAUAGUACAAUUAUUUCCCAACAACGUCGUGUUGCCACCGUUAAAAAUCUCACUCGCAAGCUACGAUCGUACAAUUACCGUUCUGUCGACCAACGUUCUUGAUGCGUCGAUUGUGGCCGCGUACAAGGAUACGAUCAAAAAUUUUACAGGAAGAGGACAACAUACAGUCACGCUAACGGAGCGAAACUUUACAGAAUUUAUCCUGGAAAAGUCAGUGGAAAAUAUUCGUGCAGUGGAUAACACGUACAUGAUCGGAGCGUCCUUAGAUGUGACCGGCCGUAACUUUACCGCGUGGUUCAACAAUAAAGCGUACCACACAGCACCACUCGCACUGAACGUGCUCUACAAUGCGCUAGCGCAGACAAUCUGCACCAACUGCAGUCUCGCCGUAACGAACAAACCGCUCCCAUACAGUACCCAUGUCCGGCUUCUACGGACCGAAUCUGGCAGCAAUUUAGGCUUCCAGCUUGCCUUCAACACCGGUUUCGCGAUGGCGUUCGUAGGCGCUCUCUACGUUAUGUACUACGUGCGCGAACGAGCAUCCGGGUCAAAGCUGCUGCAAUUUGUAAGCGGAGUAAACGCGAUCACCUUUUGGGGCAUUUCCUUCAUGUGGGACUUUGGCUUGUACUGUGUAGCGAUGGCGCUGUACAUCGGUACGCUGGCUGCGUUCGGUGAGGAGGGUUGGUCCACACCGGAAGAGCUCGGCCGGGUGGCGAUUGUGUUCGUUUGCUUCGGCUUAGCGAUCAUUCCGUUUACGUAUCUUGGUGCGUUCUGUUUCGAUGUACCGUCGACCGGAUUCAUCAAGAUGCUGAUAUUUAACAUCUUUACCGGAACGGUCAUGUUUACGGCGGUGUUUCUGCUCAAGCUGAAGGACUUCAAUUUGCGACCUGUAGCCGAAACGAUGGAGUGGUUUUACAUGGUGUUCCCACUGUUUGCCCUGAGCCACAGCUUAAGCAAUAUCAACGUGAUGCAAACAGCGCGCGAGAUCUGUGAUGCGUACUGCGAUGCGACGCCCUUCUGCAUCCCACAGCUGGUCUGUAAAAUUAAUCCACUUUGCUGUGAUGUGGAAAUAUUUUCCUUCAGUCCUCGCGGCAUCUAUCGAAAUCUCACUUACCUGCUGGCUGUUUCGCUGCUGUCGUUCACCGUCCUACUGCUCAAAGAGUAUCACGUGUUUGCCGAACUGAAUCUCACCACACGUGUUACGGAAUGGUGGUCGAACAGACAUCGCCAGCACACAGCAACGGGCACACUACCGGAAGAAACGCAAUCCAUUGCGAUCAGUGAGGAUACGGAUGUUAGUGAGGAGCGUAUACGGGUGGAUCGAUUCUACGAAGACCGAGAACAUCAGUCACUUACCGGACCAGCUUUGCUAAUGUUGCGGGAUCUUACAAAACGGUACAGUAGUGUUAAGCCGCCUGCCGUCGAUCGGCUUACGUUUGCCGUUGGCGAGCGAGAAUGUUUCGGUUUACUAGGAGUCAAUGGCGCCGGAAAGACGUCCACCUUUCGGAUGCUUACCGGUGAUCGUCGCAUUACCGCUGGUGACGCUUGGGUCGUUGGCUGUAGUCUGCGAACGCAACUGCCUGCUGUUUAUCGAAAAAUUGGAUACUGUCCCCAGUUUGACGCACUGCUCGAAGACUUAACCGGUCGUGAAACGCUGCGUAUCUUUGCCCGUUUGCGUGGCAUUCCGAGCUAUACGAUUGAAUCGAUCGCAGAACGGCUUGCAGUGGAGCUACACUUUGCCCCUCAUCUAGACAAGCGCGUCCAGGCAUACAGUGGCGGUACGCGACGGAAGUUAAGCACCGCUCUCGCCCUGCUUGGCGAUCCGGUCGUAGUGUAUCUAGACGAACCGACCACCGGCAUGGAUCCGGGUGCAAAGCGUCACUUCUGGAACGUGAUGUGCCGGGUACGGUCGGAAGGCAGAACGGCGCUGGUACUUACCUCGCACAGUAUGGAGGAAUGUGAGGCUCUCUGCACACGCCUCGCAAUCAUGGUGAAUGGCGAGUUUCGAUGUCUUGGAUCGGCGCAGCAUCUGAAAAACAAAUUCUCCCACGGAUACUUUCUUACCAUGAAGCUGAAACGUACCGGGGAUGGAUCGCUCGCCGAAGCCGAACGGAGCAAGCGUGCGAUCAAGUUGUUCAUGCAGGAAACGUUCUCCGUAGGCUCCAGUGCUGGUGCUGCUGGUGGUGCAAUCCUAAAAGAAGAGUAUCGUAAUUACCUUACUUAUCACAUCCGCGAUACCGGGCACCGGUGGUCGGAGAUGUUCGGUUUGCUUGAACGUGCCCGGGAAAAGUUGCAGCUCGAAGAUUACGCGCUCGGACAGACAUCGCUCGAGCAGGUUUUCCUGCAACUAACCGCUAACCAGCGAACCUGCAACGAAGCAUAAG